AUGAAUAUCCAGGGCUGCAGGUGUGUUUCUGCGCUGGUGCGCUGCCACAGUGGCGCUGACUUAUGCCACAUCAGCGAACAGCUGAUCGCCAUGCUGGCACCCCUCACAACCCACCGCCAGCAGAAGGUGAGGCUAGCGGCCAUUGCAGCUCUGACAGGGGUGCUUCCCUGUGGCGGGCAAGCCAUGAUCCCGCAGCUCAUGGCCUGCCCGGAACCCCACUCGGUGCCCAUUGCCGAUUUCUACCAGCCCUCCUGCCGAGUCAACUUCUUUGCGCAUCUCGCAACUGACAGCGCUGUCUCGGUGCGACAAGCGUUUUUGUUGAUGCUGGCCUCCUGGCUAGGGGAUGCACCGCCAAAAGAGGAUUGUGCCGCGCAUGCGGGCAGCCCUGAGCUGCCCAACGGGCAUCCACUGACUGCCCACCGGGCUGCGCUCUUCCCUUACGUAAUGGCGCUCCUGGCCGAUGACUCACCGGCCGUCGCCGGUGACGCGGUUGCAUGCUUGGAGCGCCUCGGCGUUCGGCACAUGCAAGCACGCUUAGAGCAGAAAGCUCCUCACAGCAUGCCGGAUGAGGAAGAGGCAACGCCGUCGCACGGCUGUGGCGGCCUGCUUUGGCGCACUGCUGCCGAUGGCGAAUGCGCGCACCAAGGGCAGGCAGGCUCAAAUGCGGCAAUAGCAAUUGCCCCCGGAAAAUUGACUACUCCUUUCAAGGCAAGACCGAGCGCAGGAUUCCGCAUGCUGGUUCAGGCUCAUUUGGAAGAACUGCUGAGCGGUAUCUCAGGGGACUUGCUCGGAUGGGCGCCGGGGCCGCGCACUAAAGCCGCCAAGUUGCUCCGGUUGUGCCUGCUGUUCUGGGAGAGCACGAUUGCUGACCACCUGCAAAGGCUGCUGCCAUUGCUGGUCAAGGCUUACGAAGAUGAGGGUGCACAGCAGCAUUUGAGGGCUUGCUGCUUCUUGAUCGGCUUCUGUGUACCAAAGGAGGACUGGGCUUUUGUGUUUUCACAACAUGUGGAAGAAACAAGUGCAUCGGGGAAAUCCAGUGCAUGCCAAGCUGUGCUCAAGGCCCUGCAAGAGGGCUCUGACAGCGCGGCGGCUGCUGAGGAAAAUGCUUUACAGCCGGCGGUCAACUAUUGA